AACUUAGCGCUGUCAAUUGCAUAUUGUCAGUGUCAAACUGUCAAUUGGCUUGUCACUCGUUUCACUCCUACUUCCGAAAUCUAAUAUAACCCUGUAUACUCAAAUCAUAAUCUGAAAUUGUAGGAUUGUUAUUACUUAAUUGUGACUUAUACAAGUAUCACAGAGCCGUGAAUUUAUCGCGUACCUAACCAUGCUCGUUUUAGUUUUGGGAGAUCUUCAUAUACCGCACAGAUGCAGUAGCCUGCCCAGUAAAUUUAAGAAGCUUCUGGUACCAGGAAGAAUACAACAUAUAUUAUGCACGGGUAAUCUGUGUACAAAGGAGUCUUAUGAUUAUCUUAAAACGUUGGCGAGCGAUGUACAUGUAGUUCGAGGAGAUUUUGAUGAGAACCUCAAUUAUCCUGAACAAAAAGUGGUAACUGUCGGUCAAUUUAGAAUCGGCUUGUCUCACGGACAUCAAGUUGUGCCAUGGGGUGAUCCUGAAUCAUUGGCCCUUAUUCAAAGACAGUUGGAUGUUGAUAUCUUGAUAUCUGGUCAUACGCAUAAGUUUGAAGCUUAUGAGCAUGAAAACAAGUUCUAUAUUAAUCCAGGAUCUGCUACUGGGGCCUACAAUCCCUUAGAUACAUCUGUUAUUCCAUCAUUUGUUCUGAUGGAUAUUCAAAGUUCAACAGUCGUCACCUAUGUUUAUCAACUAGUGGGAGAUGAAGUUAAAGUUGAGAGAAUUGAGUAUAAGAAAAGUUAAGAUCUGGAGUAGAUUUCAAAUUUAUGAAUAAAUACCGUCUAUUUCGAAUGACAAAGACUCAUGAAUAAUAUGCUACGAUGUAGCAAAUACAAGACGUAAGAAAUUGUACAUUUACUUGAAAAGUGGUUUAUGAAAAUCAUUUCAGAAUUUUUGAGCUAUCUCAAAACAAAAAAUAUAUAGGCAUGCAUAUUAUCGUGCGAGAAUGUAAUUUUUAUGCAUUUGUUUGUAAUUACAUGAAAGAGCACCAGUUUUAUACUAGGAGCCCCCUUUUGGCAGAUUGCUAUGUAUAGAAAAAACUAUCAUGUAUGUUAUAAUUUUCUCAAUAAUAAUUGAUAUUGUAUUGUGUUAAAACACCA